CCUCUCCCCCCUUACAGGGUCAUUUUCGUGCUUGGCCUGUGUCCCCCCGCCCCGCUGCACCAUGGCGUCCCGCAUCGGGCUGCGGAUGGAGCUGAUGAAGCAGCAGGCACAGCAGGAGGCCGAGCGGGAGCGCGCGCAGCAGCAGCUGAUGAUGAACUACAUGCAGCAGCAGCGCAUGCCAGUGGCCUCCACCCCCGCCAUCAACACCCCCAUCCACUACCAGUCCCCACCGCCCGUGCCUGGAGAGGUCCUCAAGGUGCAGUCCUACCUGGAGAACCCCACCUCCUACCACCUGCAGAAGUCGCGGGAUAAGAAGGUUCAGGCCUAUCUCUCCGAGACCUAUGGGAACAAGUUUGCUGCCCACGUCAGCCCUGCCAGCCAUUCGCCAAAGCCGCCCCCGGCUGCGUCCCCCAGUGUCCGGCCUGGCCAUGUCAUGUCCUCCUCUGCGGGCAAUAGUGCGCCCAACAGCCCCAUGGCCAUGCUCAACAUCGGCUCCAACCCUGAGCGGGAGUUUGAUGAGGUCAUCGAUGACAUCAUGCGCCUGGAUGAUGUUCUGGGCUAUAUGAACCCCGAGGUCCACAUGCCCAACACGCUGCCGAUGUCCAGCAGUCACAUGAAUGUCUAUAGUGGGGACCCCCAGGUGACCGCCUCUCUUGUUGGUGUCACCAGCAGCUCCUGCCCUGCCGAGCUCACCCAGAAGAGAGAGCUGACAGAUGCUGAGAGCCGAGCCCUGGCAAAGGAGCGCCAGAAGAAAGACAAUCACAACCUGAUUGAGAGGCGGCGAAGGUUUAACAUCAACGAUCGCAUCAAGGAGUUGGGGAUGCUGAUCCCCAAGGCCAAUGACCUGGACGUGCGCUGGAACAAAGGGACGAUCCUGAAAGCUUCUGUGGAUUACAUCAAGAGGAUGCAGAAGGAUCUGCAGAGGUCACGAGACCUGGAGAACCACUCUCGGCGGCUGGAGAUGACAAACAAGCAGCUACUGCUCCGCAUCCAGGAGCUGGAGAUGCAGGCGCGUGUGCAUGGGCUGCCCACCUCCUCGCCCUCAGGUGUCAACGUGGCCGAGCUGGCUCAGCAGGUGGUCAAGCAAGAGGCUGGUGCAGAUGAGGGGAUGCUGGAGCCGCUGCUGCCCACCCCGGACCCUGAGUCACAGCCGGUGCUGCCUCCACAGCCGCAGUCCCCCUACCACCAGCUGGACUUUACCCACAGCCUGAGCUUUGAUGACGGCUCCCAGGGCUUCCCAGACAGCCUGGAGCCCGGCCACAGUGCUUCCUUCCCUUCCCUAUCCAAGAAGGAGCUGGACUUGAUGCUGCUGCAGGACACCAUGCUGCCCCUGGCCUCCGACCCCCUGUUCUCAGCCGUGUCCCCCGAGGCCUCCAAGGCCAGCAGUCGCCGGAGCAGCUUCAGCAUGGAGGACACAGACAUGCUGUGACCAGGAGCUGCGCCUGCGCUGGGGGCGAGGACUGGGCCUUCCAGUUUGGUUAGUGAAGUCACAGGGCACCCUUCUUCCCGGGGGAGGAGCCCGUCCUGCUGAGCACUUGAAUCUACAUAGGAGUACAUUUUCUCUAUGCAACGGAGGUCUCGCUUCAAGGCUCACCAGGUACCACCGUGUCUUUUGCAAGCUUUUUUGUUGCCCAGAGUCGGAGCCGACCUUCUUGGCUUGCCGUGGCGUUGGCCUGGCUGCAGCUUUCCCAGCCAGGCAGCAUGAUCUCGGCUGCUUCACCUCCCAGCGCGUCCCCGCUGUGCUCCCUGUGCAGGGCUUGAAGCACGGAGCUCCACGUCCCGGUGUGAUGCUCACAGCUCUCUGCCUCGCUGCCCCCUCCCAGUCUUCCCCUGCAGUGCCACUGAUGGGUUUGUCAGUGUCACCUCCCUGCUUGGGCUCCUCCUGACAGUGCCUCACUGGGGGGAAGCGAUGCUCCAGUGCAAAUUCCCAGGACUUGGGAGGGGUUGUCCUAUUGAAUUGUGUCGCUUUGUUGUCCUGGAGGUGCAGCAGCUCCAUGUCCAUCAGCCUCCACCCCACAGAAGUGCCUCUGCCCUGGAACACCGCUCUGUGCUCUCAGCUGGGGAGCAGCACGUGGUUUUGAUGCCAGUUCUUUGAGCUGACAUCCCGCCCUGCAUCAGCACAGCAGCAGUGCCGGGGGUGGUCUCUGCCCACUGCUAAACCUGAGUGUUGCUGCUUGUCCCACUGUUGGCAAUGUGCUCCCAGCCUCACCCGUGGGGCUGUGGGGUCAUUGCUUCCCUGGCAGCAGGGGGGGGAACUGGGGGUGUGAGGGGGAACAGCUCAGAGUGAAAAUACUGCACUGAUUUGUAAAGCCCAAAAGGGGGACAUCAGGGAAGGCUGCAUGGAACUCUGCAGUGCCCCAUCAUAGCGCAGCACUGUGGGGCUGAGGUAGGUUGGUAGCAAGAGCCUGUGUGGGGAUGGGGGUCAGUGGGUUGAGGUGGGGAAGGGAUACGUGAGGCAGCCCCCGAGGAAUGCAGGAGAGAUGCCUGUGUGGUGUGGAGGGUGCGGGGAAGUGUGGAGGGUGGGGGGAGAGAAGGGGCAGAGGGGAGGGGGCAUCAGGGCUGGCAGGAGCCAGUGGAGUUGGGUCUGUUUCACCCCGUGUGUUCACCAGAGGCCUUUGGGCAUCACUGCCAUUAGUGCCUGCAAAGCCAGUGGUCCUUUAGGAUGGGACAUUGAUCCUUUAGGAUGGGACAUUGAUCCUUUAGGAUGGGACAAUGGUCCUCCAGGACGGCUGCACUGGACCCUCCUGCUGCGGGGGUGCAUCUCCCAGUGUGUGAGCAAGCAGCUGUGGAUUAUUGUUAUUUUCUAAAUCUUUUUGGAGGUUUUGUUUUUGUUUUUUGUUUUAUUUUUUAAUGCACUGUGCUCUGAUUUAAAAAAAAUGGAAAAAAAAAAGAAAUUUUACUACUGUUUUAUAAAGAAAUGUAUAAAAAAGAAUGAACUGGAAUGGAAGAAGAAUCAUUAAAGUAUAUUUAUUUACAA